AUGUCGCAUUCCAACCAAGUAAGGUACACCGCGCGCUCCAUCACGCCCCCCGCCGACAGGGACAGCGGCUCCAAGUCGCCCCCACCACGGAGGCGCGCCGCUUCCAAGUCGCCUCCCCUGCCUCCCCCUCCACCUUUCCCUCCCAAGGGGGUGCGCACCAUCUCGAGGUCGCCUCCACCUAGUAGUACAAGACGCAGCGUCUCGAGGUCCCCUCCGCCAAAGAGGCGCGGCAGGUCAAGGUCCAGGUCCAGGUCCAGGUCCAGGAACAGGAGCCGCUCCAGGCAAGUCAUCAUCGGUUUGAUGAGCAAAGAUAAAGACGAUGUGAGGAAUCCUGGCAACAACCUCUAUGUCACUGGACUGUCCACACGGACGCAGGAAACUGACCUGGAGAAGUUCUUCAGCAAAGAGGGCAAGGUUAAAGACUGCCGUGUCGUUAUCGAUCCUCGUACGAAAGAAUCGCGUGGCUUUGCGUUCGUGACCAUGGAGAAUGUUGAGGAUGCAAGGCGCUGCAUCAAGUACCUGCACCGUACUGUACUUGAAGGCCGCCUCAUCAGUGUGGCAAAGGUAUAA